AGACAGGUUCCUCCGGAGAUGGAAUCCGUUUUGUCGAGCAGUUGAAUUCGAGUCAGCGUCGAGGUGAGGACGCUACUACCGUUUGAUUCGGACGCGUCUAGGCUAGUGUACUGUUGGUAGUAAUGUCUCCGGAGAUUUUGCGGCAUUCCAAAGUUGCAACUUUGGCAUAACUGGAUAGUGUGCAAAGUAUUGUUAACCAUCUAAAAGCUACAGAUGGUGGUGAAAUUUGGCUAAAGGAUUUAAAUUUUAAAUAGUCAUACAUGAUUGUAUGCAAAAAUUAUAGUCAGGAUAGAGUGUUGUCUGUCUGUUGAGGGUUGCACAGGAAAUCGCAAUUGAAUAGUGCGGAAGCAAGAGUGGGUUGUAAUUUAGUCGAGUCGAGACAAGGCUGAAGAAAGGCUAAUGCUCCCUCAUUGUCCCUUUUAAUGGUAGAUUCAGUGUUUUACUUUGUGUCAAGUGUGUGAUCGGUUACUGGAGGGUUUAAAUUUCGUUUAAUCCUAUUUGAUGGUUUUCGAGCAAGUGUUUGUUGAAAGUGUGGUUUUGUGCGGUCUUUGAACCGAAAGUGUUUCAACUUCGAUAUACAGAGUUUGAAAAGUACAACUCUUAAUGAUUCCGUAUCAAUAUAAGUUAUCUCUAAGGAAUAUAUGAUAGCUGCGGGGACUAAGGAUAUUCAAGGAGAAUCUGCACGAAACCGAAAGAAGAAUACUGUGCUAUGCGAAGGCAGAUGCAGGCAUGAAAGCCCCCAUUUAUCUGGUAUAACCCCAUUAUGAUUAUAAAGUGACGUCUUCCAACGAGAGUGAAAACUUGGUACCACAAAAGAGGCAGCACAAUAACUGCAAAUGCCCUGAAACGAAAAGCAAUAACAAAUGACUAUCAAUGUCUCAAUUUCGUAACUGCUGAAAAAGCUUCAACUGAUUCAAUCAAAACUUAAUCACAUUUAUCGCACAUUGUAGUCAGUAUUAUCUCAUUUUGGAUUCAAUAAAAAACGCUACAACGAAUGACGAGACGAAUUCCCUACCAAUAUAAAAACGAUGCGUUAAUUUGUGCUUGCAUACCGCUCGAGGAGAUUUAAAAAAACAGGAAUAAACACAGAUAAUCCUACGAACAACAAUCCAAUAAACGAACAAGCAAAAAUAUCCAGGGAUAAACGUCAUAAUUCAUCAUUUCCACGAUUAGCAUCUUUUCCAGAUGACGUUUAUCAUCAUCAACAUCAUCAUGUGAGGCUGAUGCAAACGUGGUCCACCGGCAGCAUCACUGCACAAGAACAAAAGCAAGACGAGACCGAGGCAGUAUUCACAUCCGUCGGGUGUAGACGCGGCGCGUUAAUAUCGCGAACGUUUAACGUCGUCCUUUCUUUGGUGGUAAUGGUGGUGGGAGUGUGGCAUGGAGUAUUAUAUGAUCCAUUGAUUAUUUACAAAAUUUCCAAGCAAUAAUUCGUUCAGUUGUCAUCUCAACGUCAUCUGAAUGCCAUAAAUCGAAAUUCCCAAGCCGAUACGCGGUGACAUCUAGUGACCAGUGUUUGUAGUUACAGCGUGAUUACCGUUAUCAGGCAUUCAAAAUGGCGGUCAGCAAUAUUGUUUGCGAAUGGUUGCGGGCGCUCGGUUUGGCGCAAUACGCGGAAAGUUUCCUAGAUAAUGGCUACGAUGAUUUGGAAAUAUGCAAACAAGUUGGGGAUCCUGACUUGGAUGCAAUCGGGGUCGUUAAUCCAAGUCACAGGUCUAAGUUGUUGAAGAGCAUUCGACAGUUGAGAGAGAAGGGUGCAGCCAGUGUAUAUUUUAUGCUCAACGAUCCAAACUCGUUAACUGGGAGUACGGAGAUAUUAUGCGAAACGCCACCCAGUGAAUUGGAGGUGAUAUUACGGGAGCAAUUAGAAGCUGAUGGAAUUCGACUAACAGCGCAUCCUUAUUCAACACCGGAUGGUCAACGAGGUCAUUUAGAGGGGCUGGCAUCGGUUUAUUGUGAACUGUUAAUGGCUCCCUUUGGAGAUGUUCUAAGUGCUUUAGAAAAUGCCAGACAAGCAUCCUGGGCGGAACGAAGUCCACUUAAUCCGGCCGGAAUGGGAACGACACGAGGUCAUCGGGGUAGUUCGAGUCAUGGAGGUUUACCAAAUAGUCACAGUCAGCCAAUUUACGUGCCAGGAAAAUACUCGCCAUCAAGUUGUCUCUCGGACAAAGAAGAGGAUGAGAUCUAUGGUUUCGGUUAUGGUGUCUUUGCCCCAAGGAUGGCACGACAAACAUUACAAGCUCAGCAUGCACAGCAGCAACAACAACAACAACAGCAACAAAAAAACUCACAGCUACCUACAUCCCAACAAAUUCAGCAAUUACCUAAUUCGACAAAUUUAAAUUUAGUACAACAAAGUUGUCUUAGCCCUAGGUCAGCAUAUUUUUACGAAUUUCCACCGACGGAAGGACGCGAAACUAAAAAACGAACUACCUUAGCAAGACUUUUAAAAGGAUUAAAGACUGUUAAUAGGAGAGAUAGAAAUAAUCAAGUAGCAGCUACACAACUUAGGACAACAAAUGAACGACUGAGGCACUUUCAGAUGAACGGUGGCCCACAACAAAGUUUCGAAGAGACAAUCCAAAGGUUAAAAGUACAAGAAGCAAUGCGAAAAAAGGAACGAUUUCAGCGAGAACACGAAGAGAUUCUUAGGGAUAUUAGACAAGGACUUUUGCAAAUGAGCCGGGAAGGACGAAUAGACGAUACUUAUAUGUAUGAUGACGCGAUACGCGGAGCAUAUGCUGGUCUAGGAGGAAUCCAUCAUCAAGGACAUUGGUAUGACGAACCCCCCUACGAAAGUGAUCCGGACGAUUUCCUUAUGUCUGGAACAGGACCGGCGGCAACUAUUCAGGGUGGACGUGUCCGUUUCAUAUCAAACUCACGUGAAAGUACGGGGGUGAUUUCGUUGAGAUCAGCCGGCGAUAUAUCGUUACCGCAGAAGGGACCAACACGGCGAGGUCUUAUCGUGCCGCAGCAGCCACCUAAUCCACCGACCAUAAUACCUUUAACUCAUGCCAGGUCCCAUGACCCGGAGAGUGGUGACUACGCCGGCUCUAUUUCGGACCUGCAAAGUGUUACGUCUCGAUUAAGCACUGUUUCGAUUGGAACAAAUAAUUGUACGGCCCGAUACAGGACGUUGAGUGGCGGAAUUGGUGAAUCGCCAUCACUAUCACCGAGCCCUUCAUCCGAUUACGAGGACGAUAUUACUGCAACUCGUGGCCUAGGCAAGACGAAAAAGAAUGGACCACAUAAGGGAAUAACGAUCAGCCAAAAAGCAACCGUCCAUCAUUCAAACGAGAUGCGAAGCUCACCGAAGGAAAUUGGUGUUUUUAAUGAGAAUAGUCGAAAUUUUAAUGCCACAAAGGAUACGUCCAGAGACUUUAGUAAUUCACAAGAUAAUACAGACCGAGGUAGUAUGAGUGACCAAGCAUUUGCUUGUUCGGCUAGUUCGGUUGAAAGUUUGCCCAGCGCUUCCGGUUCAAGUACUCAAGCUUUAGUACGCCCUGGUAGUCCGCAUAGUUCUAUAUCGACGGAGGAUCGAAACUCUCUAACAUCAAUAUGUAAAGCCAAGGCUCUAGUUGAUAGUCUGCCGAAUCCAUACGACAAGGAAGCACUUCGUUUUAAGAAGGGUGAUAUUAUCGAGGUACUGUCCAUGAACGCAUCGGGAAUAUGGAAAGGACGAUGUCAUGGACGAGUUGGUCACUUCAAGUUCAUCAAUGUCGAAGUAAUGCCCGAGCAACGAACGAAAGGUGCAAACAAAAAUCUGGGUAGAUUGACGAAUAGUAAUGGACCGAAUUCCGUUGAGGACUUGCUUUUCCGAAUAGGAUUGAAAGAAUACACGUCGGUUUUCGUCCUAAAUGGGUACGAAGACUUGGAAUUGUUCAAAGAAUUAGAACCAGCAGAUUUAGAUUAUUUGGGUAUAGUUAACGUGGAACAUCGUGCCAAACUUUUAACUGCCGUUCAGCUACUGCAUGACAUUGAAUGCUCUGAUGGUGACAUAGCCGGUUCCAGCUCAGAAAACGACGAAGCCCGUCUGAAUAACAUCAAUCAAAAACAUGGCUCAUCACCGUUUGGUCGACGUCACUUCCCAAGAGACUCAGGCUGCUAUGAAGGAUCACCAGUUCCUUCAUCUCAAACCCCGACGCAAACCAUCACUUCAACAGACGAGUCCAACAGUCUCGAUGAUGUUGUAGCGAAAUGUUCAAGCGAAAUACUUAAACGAGUGGAAAGCGCCCGACGACAGAAAGAAGACAAGUGUCCUUUGAAGGGAGUUUCACGAGGAGUGGCCAAGAAAGGACUUCUGGGCGGCAGUUUGGGAGACGAAACUCUCACCAGAGGAGGAGCGUUAAGUGAGAAAUCCAGUGAUUCAGGUGUUAGCAGUAGUUCACUAUCAUCGGGUCCAAUAAAGAAUCACUCUUAACACAUGCCAACAAAGUUAGCUAUUGAAUUAAAUACUCCAAAUACUCUGCCACAUAUAUCGACUACUCUAGCAAAUGAUUUAACCUUAACAAGAAAUUCCGUUAUUCUUAGAAAUCACUUACGUAAGGCUGUUCAUGAUAUCACAGAUAAGGAAGAGGAAGAGCAAUAGCCGUAGACAAUGAAUAAGAUAAUGACAAUUAAUAUAUGUACUGUAAAUUGCAUAAUUAUUUAAAUAUUAUUAAUAUCAACGUUUACAUUACGAUAUCGAACUGAAGGAAAGACGAAGGAUGGAAAAAAAUCAAAUUUUCAAAUAUAAUAUUUGAUGAAGCUGUGAUUUGUUGAAAGAUUAAGUUCAAAUGUACAGUGGAGGGGGAACCACGGUCGGAUGUAAAUUUUCACACAAAUGUAAAUAAAGCCUCGACAAGAAUUUAGCAUGUACAUUAGAAAGUGAACCGCGAAAGAUGAAAGACGAGAUGAUACCAUCCAUGAAUUAUCCAAGACAAAGUAAAAAGAAUAAAAUGGUGCCGAAUGACUUCACAAAGUAAAUUGUAAAUCGAAGGAGAGAAAGCUUUUCAUAAUCACAAUUUCCAUGUUUUAAUUUUGCUCUUUCGUUCAUAUUUUAGCAGUUUUAAAAGAUAAAGCAAAUAGAUAUCUGUCACUGUAUAUAUGUAGAAUAAUAUCGAAUUAAUUAGGACAACAAUUUACUCGAUUCUCAAGACAACCUUCAAAUUGAUAUAAAUUUGUUUGAAAUCCAUGUUUUUUUCGGUUCUAAACAAUUGAAGCUUAACUUAUCAAUGAUUAUUUUUUAGGGAUGCAAAAGCAUCCAAUUUAUGUUUCAAUUUAUUUUUUACUUGAUAUUUAUUGAUUAUGAUUUAAUUUAAACAAAAGUGUUUUUAUAUUCGGGCAAUAAUAAACUCAAAUAUUAUAA